UUUAAAAACCGCAUCGUAGCGAAAUAUAAAAAUAGAAAACACAUUGAAAAAGCAUGUUUAGUCGAUUAUUUGCGUUGCAAAUCUCACGAUCAUAUGGGAAGUGACAAAACACACUAGGAUUGUGUGCUGGGAGCUCCCGACGGAAGAUGCUAGUGACCCGAGGAAGACGUACACAAAGCCUUAAAACGCACCCCCUCCAUCUGACCGGAGGAGGUGGGGUAGAGGCGAUUGCAUCCAGGUCUUUUUGCGGGAGGUGAUCAGUGUACAAUACAGCCCCUUCAUUCCGCACCGCAGAUCGCCAGUAGGCGCGCAUAUGUACCCGACACAACCUGAUCACUACUGACCUGUGAUUGGAGGAGCCGACGUAUCCCCCGCUAGUGAUUGGACAGGUUGCCCGACCUUUGCCCUGUUAGUUGAGGAGCCGACCUGGGGGUGUACCCCUCAAAUCAGCAUGGGCAAGAAGAUAGACCUGUCGGGCCUGACUGAGCAGGAGGCAGAGCAUGUCCUGGCAGUGGUGCAGCGGGACAUGAAGCUGCGUAAGAAGGAGGAGGAGAGACUCAGCGACAUGAAGCAGGAACUGGACGAGGAAGGCAGCCGCUGCUCCCUGCUGUCCGGGCAGGAGCUCUUUAACCGGCGCUGCUGCAUGCGCUGCUUCUCGCCGUUCAACUUCCUGCUGAAGCGUAAGCGGCCGUGCGGGGACUGCGGCUUCAACGUGUGCCCGGCGUGCAGCAGCUUCAGCGAGGAGGAGCGCGCCUGGCUCUGCAGCGCGUGCAACAAGAGCAGGUUACUGAGGACACAGUCUCUGGAGUGGUACUACUGUGAUGUGAGGAGGCGCUUCAAGCGCUUCGGAGGAGCGAAGGUGCUGAAGACGCUCUACAGGAAAUUCACUGCGGACCAGCACCCGCCAUCGCAGCUGUCAGGGGCCAAUGCCUAUGAAGAAAGCAUGGGCAACGAGGGGAGCAUCAGUGAUCUGACGUUCUACAGACAAAGUGAAGAAUACAGCAUAUCUGAGACGCUGCAUGUUGCCCUGCGAGUGGCAGAAGAGGCGGUAGAAGAUGCCAUCACCAGAGCUGAGGAGCCCUGCGACAGCCUGAAUAGAAAUGAAGCUCAUUACCUGCGGGAAAAUAAGGAGGAGCUGAUUGAGGAACUGGCCACGUCCAUUGUGCAGAAGAUCAUACACCGCAGGAGAAAGCUGGAGCUGCCCGCUCAGGACGGCGAGGGCACCUCUCCUCUCCCAUCCCUGUCCCAGCAGAGCACUCUGCCCUCACAGGCCCGCCUGAGAGCCGCCCAGUCCCUCUGGAGGUCACGGUCGGCCUUCUCCCUGACGAGCGCCGGCGAGGAGGCCCCUGACGGGGACACGGGGCCCGACGAUUGGGGCUGGGCGCGGAUGGCUGUCAGGGACUACAGCUCGCUGAAGAGAGACACGGGCACCUCCCUGGCCAGCUGGAAGAGUGUCGACCAGCUGGACAACUCCAGCGUGUCGUCAGUGCUUCAGAGCCCCGAUGGAAACUGGAUUGCCCUGCAGAGUAAACAGCGCCCCCGCCUGCUGACUAAGUGUAAGAGCAUGGUGUUCAGCGCCCUGGAGCAGGAGUCCGGGGCCGUGUCAGCCUAUGACGACAUGGGCUCGGGCAGCGAGGGUGACGGAGCGAGUGGCGCCGCCCUGCAGGAGAUCCGCAAGAAAGUGUUUCAGCGGGAGUCCGAGUGGACCGACGCGGCCGACCCCCACUCGGGCCCGACCCCGCCGGGCUCACUCGCAGACCUGGACACCUCCACCCAGGGCAGCCCCCCCAAGUCAAGCAAGCAGCUGAUGUCAAGCCUGCGGAGGAAGGUCCGACAGCAUCGGUCACCUCGCCCCCUAGAGGCACCUGGGAGUACGCCUGUGGACUGCAUUGAUAAGCCGGAGGACGGGCAGGGUGAUCGAGUGAGGAAAUCUCGCAGGCACAAGAAGAGCAAACGGGAGGCUGGGGAUCAGGUGGAGCACUCGUCCUCUGCCCCGGAAUACAGCAGCUUCCUAGUCAGUGCCUUCAAGAGGAAGAGCAAGAAGAAGGAGAGCCCAGCUCCUGCGAGCCAAUCAGAUCUUCAGCCUGGGGCUGGUGAUACUGUGACCUCUGACACCAUGGAUACCGUAACCGUGACCCCUGGUGCUGGUGACUUUGAGCCCGUGGCCGUGGGGGAGGCAGUUAAGAUGCCAGCAGGGGAGACAUCAGGACGUAGAUCCGGCCAGUCGGAGGGGUUCCGUGGAAUGGAAGAGACAGAGAUCAAGAUGAACGCCGGGGGUCAACAGCGAGACCAAAAGAGACAGGUGAUGAAUGCGGGAGAGAAGACUGUGGAGAGAACAGAAGCUGGGGAGCCAUGGAUGGUGGAGGAGAGCCGGGUUGAGGUGAUGGAUGAAGGAGUUCUGAAGAAAUACCAGGAGAUAAGCACAGAUAGGGACGAGUCAACCGAGUACUGGAGAUUUACGGAGUUAGUGACAGGAAGGGGGAGAGAAGCUAUCAGGAAGACCAACGUUGAGGUAGAUCCACAAAGAGGAAGUCUGAGAGAUGCUGUAGGAACGGAGAAGGAUGACGGGGAGAGACAGGGGGUGGUGGAGACUGGCAGACUGGCGGCAUCAGGAGAUCGUGUCGCCGUAGAGUCAGAAAAAGGCGGAGAUACAAAAAGACUGUUUCAAGUUAAAGAAAAGGCAGCUGAGCUCAUGAUGGAAGAUGGAGGGAGACAGAUUGGGAAGGAGGAAGAGCGACCUGGAAUAGCAAAGGACGGCAAAGCCCUUCAAGCUGAAGCCGAAAGACGUAUGGAACUAGAUGAUCACCAGCCAGAGGAACAAGUAGGAUGGGAGGCAAAGAGGCGCUCAGAAUUAGAGGAAAGCAGGAGAGCUGCGCUGCUGGCUGAAAGAAACAUGGAGUCUGAAGACGAAGAAGAAGGCCGACCUGAAACUGAACAUCUAGCGGGGAGCGUGGCGGAGCGUGAGGGACCAAGUGCUGGGAAGCUCAAAGCGUUAGCAGGAAAAGAGGAAGAAGAAUCGGUAACUGAAGAGGAGGAACAGGGUCUCGAAACGGAGACGGCAAGACUGACCAAGAGAAGAGGGAGGCUUGGAAAGAAGGCUAAAAAAGGCGAUGGGGAGGAUGUUGGACCCAUAGCGACCAUCGAGGAAGGAAGCCGCUCGGUCCUGGAUUACAUGUCUGCCGAGGAUAUUCGCAGAGAAGGACAGAACGGUUCGGACUUUGAGCAGGAGUGGCAGGCUCUGUCCUCCCUGUUAAUGCAAAAGUACUCGGCUGCAUCGCUGUGCAGCAUAACCACCGAAGUGCUGAGGGUGCUGAAUGCUACGGAAAACCUAAUCGAGGAGGUGGAGGGCAAGCCCCGCCCCAUGGACAUGCCCACCGACCCGGCCCUGCCUGGGGGCACCACCCCUGGACCUCCCAGCCAUGGGGACAUAAGGCUGGACGAGCAGCUUCUCAGCCUGGAGGAGAAUGUGUACCUGGCCGCCGGGGCGGUGUUCAGGUUGGAGGGUGAGCUGCGUGAGCUGGAGGAGUGCGCACGCGACAUCGGGAGCGGCAGCACGGACGAGGAGCUGGCGCACCUGGAGGAGCAGGUGGCGAGCGCGGCGGCGCAGGUGCAGCAGUCAGACCUGCAGGUGUCUGGUAUCGCGGCGCGGAUCUCAGCUCUGAAGUCCGCCGGCCUGAACGUGGCCCACAGCGCACAGCAGCAGCAACAGCAGCCCAGCGCCAGGCCACAGACCAAGGUGGCGUCUCGCUUGCCAUUCACGCUGACCUUCGCAGGGAGGUCCUCUGCCCAGCCUCACACCAUCGACUCAACCCGGCAUCAGCGGAGGAAGCUGCCCACUCCCCCUCAAUGAGAGCUGGAAGCCAGGCCCUCCCCCAGCCAGUGCCUUUGACCCUGCGCGCCCUCUGGCUUCACUUUCAGUAACCCCCCAAUACUCAGGGGAUGGAGGUCUCCUGCCUUAACCCCAGCUGCAGAUCCUACAGCCAGAAUACCAUCACAUGAACUUUUUGUGGGAAGAACCCCGUUCUCCUGUGUGUGAUUUAAAUCGUGUAGCAUGAACAGAUGAUCCAGAAUAAUAUUUUUAUCCACACUAUCCAAAAAUGAAAUUUUGUUUUCUCCUGUUUUGUUAUCAUUCCCAUCGCAGUUGUUUUGGACAAAAGUGAAUUUGUCGCUGUUCAUUAAUAUGAAUUUGUCCCAUGAAAGCAAACCUCUCCUAGAAGACGGGUAGGUGUGGGUUUAUUUUUAGCAACACCGUAAGCCACGCCCCCUUCCCUUUUGGAACUCGCGUGAACAAGGGCUGUAGCCUCUGUAAGCACUGGUCGGGAAGUUUGGAGGCUCAGGUCAAUGCGAAACACAACCGCGUUGCAAAGGGACCAAAAGAUGGGGCUUCUGGUCCCAUUGACUCCACCUUUGACGUAGUUGCCCAGUUUACGUCAGUAACAGCUGCCAGAAUGAUAGUUAUAAACCAGAACUUCAUUUUAAGGGGGCGUUCCCCUUAUCAUUUCCUCUCUUCGCAGUUUCUUCCCCACGUUUCUCGGUCAGUGUGCGAUUCGAGUGUUGCUGGUUAAAUUCAGUGAAAUUACCCAAAAAAUAGACACAAACAUAAGAACAAGCACUGCUUGUGUCUGGUUUCCUCCCAUCUCCCUCUUUUUUUUACUUGCAGUUAUAUUUGUAGUUGAUUUAGUUUUCAAUCCACGCCCUGUUCGAAUGUCACUACUGUCAUGGUGACCCGUACACGUUGGUGUUGAUGUUUUACUGAUGGAUGAUUUCAAGUGCCCUUAUUUAAUUCCUCGAUGCAUCGUUAAUUAUUUAAUUUGCAUUACCGUGCAUAAAAUAUUGGUUCGUCAAAACACUCAGUUGUUUUGAUUGUUUGAAGCCUGAGCUUAACACGGUCAUUAACUUCGUCCAUUAUUUUCCCCAGUCGACAUAUAACGGUGGGUCCCCUGUACAUAAAAAGGCAUGUUUAAUCUCAAAUGAAUCUUCAUUAAAAGAUGUAUUAUCGUUUACAUGUACUUUUCAGAAAUCGUAAUUUAGUUUUAAAUUUAAAGAACGUGGAAAUAUUACGGAAAAAUUAUAAACUGGGGUAAGUUUUUAGCAUGUAGCAUGUACCUCGAAUUUUUACAAUGAACCGAAUUGCGCACACUGUGAGGAAAUUGAGCGCGAUCGUAUAAUUAUUAACUUUAAAAUAUUACAAAUUAAACCGAGAUGGGGCUGCUGUAUUAAAACGAGCCAAGCUGUACCAGUGGAAAGACAAGAUGUAAAUCUAAUAAAGUUUAUGCAGCUAUCAUUGUCA